GAAGGACCACACAAUAGCUGGUUUCAUUGGAUUCUAACCAUAUCCAUUCUUCCCUAUCCCAUCCAAAAUUUCCAUUUUUCCACCACUUAAAUAAAAAGUGUAAAAAAUAUUCUAUGCUAGAAAGUUUAAUAUAUGCAUAUAUAUAUAUAGUAAAUUCUUAGUUACUCCCUCUCUUGUUUGACCAAAUUAAGUUUCAAUCUUUAUUGAAUUUUGCACCCUGCAAUGCCAGGAACAAUCAUGGUUUCAGUGCUGGAAUUCAUGGAUCUUCCAUUUUCUUCAUCAACAUCCAUAAGGGCUUCCAUGGGGAAAAUGGAGUAUGAAAUCAAUGAUAAAGGAAACUUUUCCUUCCCCAUAACUAGCCUUCGUGACGAUUUGAUUUUUAAAAUUCAGGAUUCUGAAGGGAAUGAAAUAUCGCAUGCAGGAGUACAUUUAAGGUUGAUAUUACAGAAAGGUGUUUGGGAAGAUAUGUUUCCACUUGGGGAAGGACAGUUGCAUUUGAAGCUGCAAGUCAUACUUAGCGAUGAAGAGCGUGACAGAAUUCGUAUGAUGAGACAAUCUGCAUUAAAGAAAAAACAAGAUGAGCUUCUUAACAGCCAAAGAGGUGCAGAAAGUGACAGACGUAUGAUUAUCAGCAACGCAACAUUACCCUUAAGCACUAGUGAUGAGGUCUCAGUUAUGAAUUUGGUCCCACAUACAUUUCCUCAAAGGCUUUCUCCUGAUGUUUUAAGUGCUCCAUCUUCUCAAGAAUCAUCACAAAAGCAACAUCUUCAACAUGAAGCAGUUUCCCAAUUACAAAGUCCUGUUGGUUUCUCCGAUGACAAAGAAAGUUCCACGACAAAUGUUGUUGAGGCUCAGCUUGAACAGAAACAGCUAAACUCAAACAUUGCAGAUCAAUAUAGAGAGACCUCAUCAACAAAACCUGUGUUACAAGCAGUUAAUAUCAUUCAAUUACAGCGUAUCGAUAAAAAGCCAGCCAGUGAGUCAACAUUUGUGAAACAACCUCAGAGAGUUACUGGUACAGUAGAAAUGGUGAAAUCUUUAAGCUCGGAAAAAAUUAAUGUUCUGACAAAUAGUCCGACACAAAAUAAUCUAGAAGAUGAUAGUCUUCAAUAUUCUGAGAAGAAGGCUCCACCAAGGAGAACUCCUAGCAAUGUUAGGAAAAUGAUAAGUGCUUUUGAAAGUGUUCCACCUAAGGAUAUUAGGUCUCCUAUUAAACCGCCUCCAACAAAAUAUCAAGCGAGUCCAAUUGAAAAGAAAGAUUCUUCGGAGACUCAGCAUUUGGAACAAGAUAAGUCACUGAACACAGAGCCAAGAGCCUUCUUACAAGAAAGGUUGAAAAGUGCUACCUUGGUAAGAAACUUGCAACAGGUUCCAGUACAAAUUGGAGAAAGUAAAGAGAAAAUUAAGGACACCAUGCAAUUGGAGUUGAGCACCAAAAAUAUCCCGAACAAACAAACAGAUUCAAAUGCAAGAAAUGAAGAUCAAGACGAUGAGUCCAAUAGCAAAGUACGAAAUAGUAGAGAUCAAGAGAAAGAGAGAAAUAAUAGAAUUUUGACAAGAACAUCUACAUGUGAAACAAUUAACGUUUCAGGAAAGGUGCCUUUGAAGCUCUCUGAGAGAAAUACUCCUAACAACCUAAGUCAGGAUGCAAAGUGCCUAAGCCAUGAAAGAAGUUUGGAUUUCACGAAAAUAGAAAAUGUAGAUAAGAAUGUACCAUAUACUGAAACCGGAACCGAGGUGAGCAAGUAUGAAAAGUUACAGGACAUUGAAGAAUCAAAAACCAAUACUUCUACUGAUGAUAAGGGAGAUGAAAAUUCUGGAGGACCGUUUGAUCAGGUUAUAAAAGUUGCAAUCGUUAUAGGGUUUGGAUUACUUGUUCUCUUUACAAGACAAAGAAAAAAGAGAAGGAAAGAGAAUAGUGCCUGAGAAUCAGUUCAACAAACCUCAAAUUCUUCAUCUUUUGAAGCACAUACAUCUGCAUGAUCAAAUUCUUUUCAAGUUUCAGAUGCUGGAUCAAAUCGUGCUUGAUGAACAUCUUGCAUGAGUUGAAACCAUGUCAUUGCGGAGAUAAUUGCAUCCUUCAAAAAGAAGAAACGUAAACAUUAAUAUUCAGCUUUGUUGAAGGGACUUUGGGAGGCAUGACAACAUUUUAGUUGAUGUUCCAUGUAAAAUGGAGUUGAACUUUGCAACGCUGUUCUUUAUUGCUUCAGGAAUAUCAUUCGGCCCUUUGGUCAAAAAAGGGCCUUUUUUUUCAUCAUACCUUUUAUGUUUUGAUUACAAGAAUGUCAUUUUGUAGUUGUUUUGUUUCUUUAUUUAAAGUUUUGCAGAAGAAACUAUGAAAACAAUGUAAUAUUUUGCAUUUUGUAAGUAAAUUCUUUCAAUUAA